UAGCUUUUAACGGCUGUUUUGAAAGUUGUGUCAUUCAGACUUGACUCUGUGUCUGUGGUUGGCCUUGCAGAGAGAAAAACAUUUAACAGCCAAGUGUUCAGCUGAGGUCAGAGGAUGACACAGCACAAAGAGCUGUUUUUUUUUUUUUUUUUUUUACGGGUCCUGAAUCCUCCGUAAGCACGCAAGUUACAAAAUGUCACUCCUCCAAACAGUUGCGUGCCUCCCUGUCACGUGACCUCGUUUCUUUUGCUUGAAAUAGUUUUUGGAUGUUUGAAAACAGCUGCUGCAGUUCAGACGCGUCCUCCUGACCCUGGGUGCUGAUCUUCUCGCUCACUGAUGCGCGAUGGAGAAUUUGAAGCAGUUCCUGUUCGCUCUCUCCGCUGCCGGAGCUGUCGGGUUUGUCGCCAUAAUAUUCGUGCUGAGGUGGGUUUUCUACUUUAAGGAAGGCUUGGACUGGAACGGAGGACUGGCAGAAUUCAACUGGCAUCCGGUGCUGGUCGUCACAGGCUUCAUUUUCCUGCAGGGCACAGCCAUAAUUGUCUACAGGCUUCCCUGGACCUGGCAAUGCAGUAAACUCAUGAUGAAGUUCAUCCAUGCAGGCUUGAACUUGACAGCCUUCAUUUUCGCUGUUAUUGCCAUGGUGGCCGUUUUUGACUUUCACAACGCUGCCAAGAUCCCCAACAUGUACAGUCUGCACAGCUGGCUGGGCCUGAUGGCAAUUAUACUGUAUGGUUUGCAGCUUGUUCUCGGAGUCGGCCUGUACCUGAUACCAGUUACACCUGUGGCCUGGAGAGCAGCUUUUAUGCCCAUCCAUGUCUACAGCGGUCUUUUUCUUUUCACCAGUAUCAUAGCAGUUGCUCUCAUGGGAAUUACAGAAAAACUUAUCUUUGGCCUGGCCAACCCGAAGUAUAAAGACUCUCCCCCAGAGGCAAUCUUUGUGAAUGUGUUGGGACUCCUCCUGGUUGUUUUCGGGGCUCUUAUCCUCUGGAUUGCCACUCGAGCGUCUUGGAAACGCCCCAGUGACCAGAUUGCACAUUCUCUGCAUACCAACAGGGGAAGUGAGGACAACAGCAAAGGUGGUCCGGCAAUGUCUGAACUGGAAGAUGGAGCCAAUUGUGAGACCGAUGGAGAUGUCAGGAAGAGGAAUAGCAAAUAAAUCAGAGAGCUACAGUAGUUUGUAUCAUAGGAAUAAAAAAUGCUGUGCAAAUAUCUUCAAAUAAUCUCUAGUUUCCCAGGAAAUAUCUGUUGAAACAUGCAAACAUUAAAAAGUGAAAAAUACACAUAAUGUUUGCAAUAAUUUUCAGUGUCCAUCUCUCUGUUUUACAUUGUCUUCUUCAAGCUUUCUUAUUAUUUAAUUAAUCAGUCUUUAGGAACCUUUCUCCAAUGUUCAUGAAGGACAAUCCAAAUGUCUCCUUUUGGAUCAUGGCUGCCCUUUGUUUAGUUUAUCUGUCAAGAUAAUGUAAUGUUGAUUUAAUCAUUUUGAGGUUGAAUCACUACAGAGACCAAACCAUGAAUGACUACAUUAUGUUUGUUUUUUCUUUCUGUGUUCUAAGUUUUUACUGCUUUGGACAUUGGUCUAAAGUAGUUAGAAGUAUUAUUUUUGACAGACCAUAAUCAGAAAAAUCCCUUCCUGCAUUCACAUAUACUGUAUAUACAAUUUGACACCGCACCUGACAUCAGCUUAGUCACCAAAUCAUUCCAGAGCCACCAGCAUGCUUUAUUGACAUCAAGCUCAGCAUUGUACUCAGUUCUCAAAUUCUGACCCCCCCCCCAGAUUUUUUUGCAAAUUAAGAUUUUUUUUGUUGCAUGUAAUUUGGUAUUUUUACAUUUUAGUCUUUCAACUUUCAAACUGCAAAAUAAUUGUCAAAUAUCCUUUAGUUGAAAGCCAAGACCAAUAAGAUAAGGGAUGUUUGAAGAUAUUUGCUCUGUAUUAUUUGGCCCUGAUAUGUCUCUGCACAACAUGUAAGUCCCUGUAAAUGUUUGCAACACCACAAAAGGGGACCACCUGGUAUCCCCAAGCAGUGACACAAACUGACAUUAUGAAGAUGGUUGUAUUGUUAAACCAGCAUACACUGUUUAGAAAAUACAAAAAAACUUAAAAUACUACUAAACUUUGAAUUGUAACAUUUUUGCAAAAUAUUAUUUUAGUUUAUAUUUCACCAACAUUUAUUGCUACAUGUGCAUGUAAAUAUCAAUAAUCUGUGUGGGAACAGGAUGUAGACGCUCACAUUGGAAUAGAUAUGCACUGUAGAAUAAUCCCACAGUUAAUUUUUUAUCCUAAUAUAGAUGAUUUUUUAAAAUGACUUUUACUGAGUUUUUAAUACAUUUUGUACUGUUUAUUGCUUUA